AUGUGGAUCAUUCCGCGGGCAAAGAGCCUGCUCAAGAGCCUCAGUGCAAGGGUAAAAGGCCUUGAUGCACAGGGUGAUGAGACCGUACCACCAUCCAUGAUCACACCCACUCAAGAAGUAUGGGGCGUCGGUCUCUUUUCGCUGCUCUUCUUUUCCUGGGGUUUGGCGUACGGACUCCUGGACAUCAUGAACUACCAUGUAAAGAUAGCUCUCGGCAUCUCCAGGGGCUCUGCUGCGCUGCUCGCAAUGAGCUAUUACUUUGCUUACCUGAUCGUUCCUCUUCUGGUUGGUGGUACCAUUGUCAAGCGUUUCGGCUACCGUGCCGCGGCAUUCGUGGGUUUGGUUCUGCUGGCGACGGGUGACCAGCUGAUGAGUCUGGGCGCUGCUCGACUCAAUUUCGGUGGCAUGUGUGGCGCGCACUUUGUGGUUGGGAUGGGAGUCAGCACGCUGGAAAGAUGUGCAAAUGCCUACGUGGUCAACUGCGGACCACGACCACGUUCUACCUUGCGGAUUCUGGUGGCGCAGAGUGCUGCUGCACUAGGCACUGUGAUAGCGCCUCUGCUCGCCAACAGUGUCAUCUUCGACCCGAGCAAGAGCACAGUCCGGCCGCUGCCAGACCCCGAGGUUCCAGGCACUUGCUUGAUGCCCCCACCGGCAGCCAAGGGAGAGGCUGGUGACCUGAGCUCAGUAGUCAGCUUCUACAGGUUCCUCGGCCUGUCGGUUUACGUCUUUGCGGUUUUGCUUGCCGUCUUGUUCUAUAGAACAAAAUGGGUUGUUGAGCCUGAGGUUCUGAGAAGUCCUCAGCUCGAGCACAACCGGCUGAUGUUCUGGAAGCAUCCGCUGUGCAGCCGACGACAGCUCAGACUUUGGCUCGGUGUUGGUGCAAACUUUCUCAACCUGGGUUGUCAAGUUGUCGUUGCUCAGUUCCUGAUGGAGCACCUGCGUGUUGACGCUUGUGCCAGCGAUAGGACAGCCGCGAAUGGUAUGAUGUAUGCACAAAUUCUCUUUCUUUUCGGACGACUGGUUGCCGCUGCAGCAAUCGAACUGCCAAGCCUACCUGGACUGAAGGCUUCGAAGCUGGUUCAAAAUAUGUUCAGGCCUCGAAUUGUUCUGAAUGUGUUCCUAGCUGGUGCAGUUGCAUUCACAGGUGCAGGUAUUGGCGCUCGAGGAAUCGUGGCAAUCGCCUGCAUUUGCCUGGUCAUGUUCUUCGAGGCACCCUCCUUUCCGAUGAUCUUUGAAGGUGCUACUGCUGGCAUGGGUACAUGGACUGCCUCUGGAGAAUCUCUGAUGAUCGGCUCAAUCGCUGGUGGUGGACUUCUGCCCUUCAUCAACGGGGUCCUCGUUGACCAUUUCGGGGUAGCCAAGAGCUGGAGUUUGGCAACAGCAGCAUUUGGAGUCGUAUUCUCGUAUGCACUCUUAUGGAAUAUUGUGCCCUCGUUCAAGGAGGAUAUCGACAAGGCACAUGCCGAGCACAAGAGCGGCAGCACCAACGAAGGCAAAGAGAUACGUUCGGGGUCGGAGAAUUCUUAG